UGACUCAUCUUGUGUGUCACUGCUCUCCUCUGCUAGACUGAUAGACUCACUGACACGGAGAGAGAAGAACAUACAAACAGAAGAAGAAGUUGAAAUUAAAGGAACCUAUUCCGACUGACUUGGAUUGGAGACAUGACCAAAGAGACUGAGACUCUGGGAUUGGUCUUUCAGAGUGAGAACUUCAACUUUAACCUUUACUCUAACCACAUCAUGGACUCCUGGUCUUACCUGGAGAGUCCUGUGCCAGAGCUGAACCAUUCCAAACCAAGACUCCAUCCAGGAGACGACCUGGCAGCCAUAACCAUGCUUUAUGAACAGUGCAAGAACCAGAAAGAUCAGAAGAUUGCUGCCUGCAACCGCUCGGGCAACAUCUCCAAAACAGAGAGGACACCAACCAACACUAAUGAGUAUGCUUCUGCCAACGUCAUGAAGAUCCUCUCUGAGAGUGUUUCCUUAAGCCACCCCCAAGAAGUUUUGGGAUCCAAGCCGAAUACCUCCCUCCCUGUCUCUGUUCCCAACACUUCAGACACCUACGCCACCCUGACCAGCGUUGUAGCAGACACUUAUGACAAGCAGGAGCUCAACAACAUCUUUGACUCUCUGCUGCAGAAGUGGCCAGAGCCUGGUGCUUUCCCAGACCCCAGCACUGAGACUCUUCCCUACAGCGAUCCCUUCCCUGAUGAUCAGUCCAGCCCAGUCUACUCUGCCUCCUACACUGGUUCCCCACCAGAGAGAUUCAGGAGUGAGUUCCAGUUUUGCUUGGGAGCUCCCUUGGCUUCUCCUUACAAAUCCAACGAGCUGCCAAUGAUCUACUUGAACAAGGGCCAGUUCUACCCCAUCACUCUUCAUGGAGUGGACGGCAAUUCUUGCGUCAAUGCUACUAAAGUCAAGACAGUGGUGAUGGCUGUGUUUGAGAACGACAAGAGCCCAGAAAUGCAGCUCCGCUUUUGGAAUCACUGGCAUGCACGUCAGCCAACCGCCAAGCAGAGGGUCAUUGACAUCGCGGACUACAAAGAAGUGUCCAGUGGCAUUAGCAACAUAGAGGAGGUUGCCUUCAAUGCCCUCUCCUUUGUCUGGAACCCCAAUGAAGAAGCCAAGGUGUACAUUGGCAUCAACUCCCUGAGCACAGACUUCUCUUCACAGAAGGGAGUGAAAGGCCUGCCGCUAAACAUACAGAUCGACACGUAUGACUUCAGCUCAGGAACCAACCAGCUCAUACACAGAGCUGCAUGCCAGGUCAAGAUUUUCUGCGAUAAGGGUGCAGAGAGGAAGAUGCGGGAUGAGGAGAGGAAGAGAAGCAAGAGGAGGGGAAAGAAUGAUGCUAACACCGACAAAUCUUUAGUGAGCAGCUCCAUGGGUAGUGACUAUACCUUCUUCCAAACCCUGGAUGACCAUGUCACCCAGCCGGUUCUCUUCAUUCCAGAAACUCACAUCUCCAGCUUACAGCGCAUGGCUCCACCCGUGGAUGAGAUUGAAAGGAGUUCUCUAAAGAGAAUGUAUCAAGACAGAGACCAGAACAGCUCUCCACCAAGCAAGCAAACCCGCAGAGAAGACCCUCAAAGAGUUCUGCUGUACGUGAGAACAGGCGCCGAAGAGGUCUUUGACGCGCUCAUGCUCAGCACGCCAACUCUGUCAGGCCUGCGGAAAGCUGUUUCAGAAAAGUACGGCAUGCAAAAAGACACCAUUGGGAAAAUCUACAAGAAAUGCAAGAGAGGGAUCUUCGUCAACAUGGACGAUAACAUCAUUGAACACUACACAAACCAGUCGGCCUUCCUCAUUGAGAUGUCCGAGGUCUCCGGCGGUCAGUUUCAGAUCACUCUCAUUGAAGUAUGAAAACCAGUUUCCAAACCUGCUCCAUUGAAGGAUGUAACAAACCACAGCUGCCAGUUUAAAACAUCUCUAAGAGCACUGCCCAGUCAAAGACAAUGUAAGCUGUGGACUACCAAAACCAGUAAAGAGAACCGGAUUGAAGAGACCCCUCCAGAUUUUCCAACUUCAGUUGAUUUUUGUAAAUACCACUUGGCCGGGUUCUUAUGAUUUUGUUGAACUUUAUAGUGUAAUAUUGUAACGUAAGAGCAAUUAUGAUGAACAGCCUGUACAUAUAUAAUGUAAAUAGAUUUUAAUAUGACAGUGUUUUAUAAACUAACCAGGUGCGCGUCGUGAUCCAUUUUCCAUGAAUUGCUAUGUAUUUCAAUUUUUUUUUACAGAGCUCUGUACAUGAUGUGUGUACAGUUUAUUUUCAGCAUUUUCAAAGGUCACUAUUCUUGCUGCUUUUCAAUGUACUCAUUAUUUCUUUACUCACCCACAACCUACUUAUAAUGUUUUUCACUGCCAGUAUCUUCCUGUAGGUUCCUGUUAGUUUCACAACUAAAAAGGCCCAACACUGGGUUCAAUUCACAACCUAAAGUCAGACAUUUCCACCUAUAAAACCACACAGGAGUUAGUAUUGGCCAUCUUUUAGCACAAAGCUGUGGACACUGUACGGUGUAACCACAGUGUUUUCCUGGAAACCCCCCGAAUCCUGAUGCCUGCCAGAGGUUUCAUAGUAUGUGUGUGUGUGUAUGUAUGCAAGAAAUUGUAGGGUUUUUUUCCCCUUAUACGUUGCAGCAUUUCAAAACAAACGUAUCCCUGUAAUAUUUCAUUAUUAUACCACGGCAAAUUCUGGUUGUAUUAGCAUAUCUUGCCUAUUUUGUAAGAAAAUAAAGAA